CGGACUGGGAGCCCUCUUCACCAAGCUGCACCGUAAAGCUUGUUGCAGCAGGGGGCAGCAGAGGGCAGCCGUCACCCCGCGCUUGUGCCCGUGUGAAAGAUGGCGGCCGCUCUCUGGGUGGUUGGCGAACGCGCUACCGAUUUCCUUCCCUUCGGACCGUAUCGGAUGAACCGGGCAACCGGAGCCCUAACCGAGCCCCGCCAGCGACCUCUCUAAAAGUCAGGGAAGCGGAACCAUGGCUGACGUGAUUGAGAUCACCUCGGAAGAUGAGUCAGACUCGGACAUUGAGAUUAUCGGAGAGACGACAGCGCCGCUGGGCACCCGCUGCCAGAACUCCUACUCGGCCUGGGCUCGCUAUCAGCGGAUCAAACAGAUCCUGUUCUCUCAGCGGGACAAUAUUGAUUUGACAAAUGACGACAAUGAAGUGAACAAUCAAGUGAAUAAUGCUGGAGAAGGCACGGGAAGUAUGCAGGUCUGUCCAACUGACUGUUACCAGGCAAAAACAAGCCCAUCUUCUCAUGUUUCAAACAACCUGAGUCAUGACGAACUUGAUUCAGAUGAAGAUCUGCCGAAGUUUAAUGAGGGAUGCCGGUUUCCUGGCCUACAUUCUGGUUGGACAGCUAGCAAAGAUGAACCUGAUCUUGAAGCUCCACCUGUUUUGACAGUUGAAGUCACAACUGAGGCUGGUUCGCUUGUAAAUGUUUCCACCAAAUGUAUCAAUGAAGACCCAUUGCCUGAACUAGACUUCAUCGGUUUUGAUGAAAGUCAAGAUUCUCCUGUCAUGGCAGAAAAAGUGGACUUGCUCAGUACAUCAAGUCAAAAAGCUCACGAUUCUGUCAGCAAUGGAGAGUCUUCUAGUAACACCAGUAUAAAUAGUGACUUGGAAUCUCUGGAAACAUUUUCACCAGAAGCACUCAUUCCAUUUUCCUCACCAGAUAGUGUUGUGGAUCCAUUGGGAGACCAUCAUCAAAGCACCUUUGAGGAAACAAUUAAUGAUAUAAUUAAAGCUGAUUUAAGUCCAGAUAUUGAAGAUAUACCAUCAUUGAUACCUCAGAAGACUAAGGAACUGGAAUAUGGUUGUGAUCAAUCUCCCCCCAGCAUAAACAUGCCAUUGCUAGAACCUUGGGGGCAGCUGCAGAGUCACAAUAAAAGAGGUGAAAGUGAAUUAAAUUGUUCUCCAAUUAAAAACAAUGUGCAGAAUCCUAAACCAGCGUUAGAUCAAUCUGAAGUUCAGGAUCUGCCUUCAGAGGAAACUGAGGACCAUGUGCUUACAUCAAAUAAAGCAAAGGAAGCAAGUUCUAAUUGUUCAGUGGAUAAAGAGACAUUAAAAAGUUUUCAAUGCCUCAUUGGAGCACCAGUUCAACAUCUGUUUGUUAAGCAACCUAGAAAUGAAAAAUGGCACAAGGUGAACCAAAACUCUCAUUCAUCAACAACGCACCAACACAAGUCCAAGGAACCAGAGCUGAUCUCCCAAAGACAGUGCAGUAUGAUAAACAGUACUAUUGAUGAAAACUUUCCCCAAGGGACUCUUCAGUUUCUGAUGGAUUUUGUAUCUCCUCAACACUAUCCACCUCAUAAAAUUGUGGAGUAUAUAAUCAAGAAGAUACUGUUGGGCAAUGAGUCCUCCAGCACCAUUAUGUCUGCUUACAUGACCCUGAUGAAGAUCCAACAGCUGCAUCCUGCAAAUGUUUCCACCGUGCAGUGGGACUGGAACCUCUUAGCUUAUCAUGUGGAGGACAAGGAUCCUCACAGGAAGCAUUCUGUGACCAAGAACGAUCGACUGUUGUUCCUGCAAUAUGUUGUUCAAACACUUGAAGAUGAUUUUCAGUUGAAACAUGAUAUGCCACAUAAAACCAUAGCCAAAGUAUUUCUAUCUUGUGACGACAAGUUUUCCAAUGUAAGAAGUGUCAUCAAAUGGCUUAUUGACAUCAUCUCCAAGGAAUCUGAAGACGUACAGCAGAAAAAUGGGCCCACAUCAUCAUAUGAUAAUCCUCAGGUAGUGGACUCUAGGAUUUCAAGAGUUAUUUGUCUCCUUCAGAAGAUGCUGACCUUGGCUGUAGAAGUGGACCGGUCCCCAGUGUGCAGUUCAAAUAAAAUUGCAGAAGCAAUGUUUCAACACUUUCUAUAUAUUUCAAAAAGAUCACAGAGAUUAAAAGUAUUAAGAAGUAUGGAGAGUCAACUCCUGCGCUGCAAGUUACUCGAAUUUUUUUUUCACCAUUGCACUGAGAAACAAAACACAAUGCCCAUGUCAUUGGGAAAAGUGCUACAUUUCCUUAAACAUGCUAAAUUUCCUGUAGAUAAUUAUGAGCAUAGUUCAAGCAAAUGGCAGUAUUGGGAGGAGCUUGUCAAACUUCUCUGUUUACUGCUUCUGAGCUACCAAGAGGUGACUAAAUGUUACUUGAGGUUCUCAAUCACAGACCGGCUAAAGUAUGUUCUAGCUGACACUCCUCCUGUGCUCACCACUCACGAUGAGAUCACUGUUGAAGAAGUUCAGUCGGAUGUGGAGACAUUCUACAAUCGAGCACUUAAUGAUUUGGGAACACCAUUGAAUCCACAACUAGAAGAACAGAUCAAUUUACUGAAAGCUCUGCUCCUUUGUGCAGCAACCAGAACAUAGCUGUUUUAAUUUAUUGUAAAUAGAUUAUUUUAUAUGUAAUGACUUAAGACAUACAUCCAAUGAGGACCUUUGCACAAAGCACAUGAUCUGAAACUUGAAGAGCAUUUCAAGCACUAUUCUUCGACAAAUGUGCAAAGUGUGGCAUUAGGAGUUCUGCCAUUAUUAGACAGCCAUGCAAAUCUAAUGGUAUACAGCAAAAACUUUUACUGUGACUUUAUUAUUUGAUAUUGAAUUAUAUUUCUCACCCCAUACAGAAGAGCAUUUCCAGUGAAUGUAUUUUGUUUAGCUUUGGAGCUUUUCUGCUGAAUACAGAAAUUAAGACUUCAAAUGAAUUGUCAGCCAUCUUUGGGCUUCAGCAAAGUAAUUGAAAUAAGACUCUGGCCAUAUGGGUUGGGAGCCCAGCCGUUAUGGGCUAAAGUUACAAUCCUUGGAAUAGAAUUGGAUGGUGCCUUGUCUUCACAUGGUCUAUUCAGUCGGUGUACAUAAAUUAAGUUUAUCUAAGAUCAAAACAGUGGCAGUCCACACCACCUGCACCUUCUGUCGCUUUGGAAUCUAGGGUUUCUGACUGUAAUAUUAAUCACUUUCUGUAUAUUGGGGCAGUUUAUAAAUAUUUUAUUUAAAAUUUGAUGUAACCAAAUCUCUCAAUAAUGGGAGUGAUUGACCCAGAAUUUUAUGCUUCCAGAAUGUUCCUUCUAUCUUAUGAAUUUAAAGAUGAUUUUAUUGUUUUUUUUAAGUGAUGCUUUAUGAAAUUGACUUUCAUGAUGUAUCAGCUGUACACAUUUACUGCAUACACAUGUACAGUAGUGGAAUUUUCUAUGCCACUUAUUAUCCAAUGGCACUUUCUAUAGACAAGACCUUGAAUGGGAUAUCAUCUCACUGUAUCUCCUCUUUUGCUGUUUCAUCUUUUCAUACUGAAUGAAGCUUCAUGGUAUUGCUUUUAAUAUUUGUAUUGGGAUACUGCAGUAAGCCUGCAGUAUAGGGAUGGCUAAUUGGCUCCAACCUUCCAUUGUCCAGCAAGCAGAAGGUGACAAACAAUGAUGGUUUUCCUGCAAGAUAAAAAUGCACUGUUAAUUUUUCAAAUUAAGUGAAUCUUGAAUAGUAUAUUUUUCAUACUUGUUUGUGUAAUUUCAAGCUGAUAUUUCCUAAUGCAUGUAACGGUUAGGCUAUAUAUUUUCAUUAACAUGCAGUAAUGGUGGACACUUUCACAAGAUAUUGACAUUUUGGUGUUCAUAAUCCGCUGAUUUGAUACAAAGUAAGCCUGACACCAUAGUAACUCAUAUAAUGGAAUGUCUGCAUUGCAAUUGUACGAAGAGGAGCAUCAGUAAAUUACAUAGCUGGAUGGUAUUGGAGGAGGGGGAUGGAGAGUGCACUUAUAUGCAAAUUUGGCCACAUCUGUUGCAUGGGUAUUUGCUGCUCAUUUCUGCCUACUGAUGCUUACCCGAGGUUUAAUAAAGCACAAACCUUAAAUACAUCAGUAAGGAAAAUAUUUGACAACUGUACAGAAACAUGGGGUAAGAGUCCUGUCACAAAUUAGAGCCAUUGAAAUGUCCUACUGCUUAAUGAGUUGAGACUAACAAAUCUCAUCUUGCAAUAUAAUGGGGAAAGGGAAUGAAAGUGAAUCUAUUUGGAUAGUUCUUUCAAAGAGGCAACAGACUAAAUGGCUUCCUGCACUGUAUGGAUUCUAUGAUUAAUUUGUGUGGGACAUUGCACAUAAUAGAGAAAAAAGAUUUUCAUCCCUUCUAUCUGGGAUAGAUUUAGACGAAUGACUCCAAGAUGUGCUGCAAGACUUAACUGACACUAGCCUUUUAACAAAGCAGUUAAUUAAUUAAUUAAUUCAAAGUUUAUGUAUUUCCUGUUUGUCAGAAAUGACAAAACUAAUUCACUUGCACCUAGAGAUUAAUAAAGAGUUUGUCAUUC